AUGACCAUUUUUUGGUGCGGCUUCUUCCAUCUGACCUCUGUGGCAGUAUUGGAAGUGCACUUCACAAAUCGGUCGAGAAACAGUCUGUUUAGAGGUUACUUCAAAAAGACGAUUUUUUCCAUUAUCGGUCAACCAGUGAGGCACAUAUUUAUUGAGCCAUUCGCCUUUCUCAUUUGUUCCAAAACGACUGAGAAUGAUAAUGAACUUUUGCAACCAGAAUUCCACUAUGUCUUUUACAAUCAAUUCCCAGAUCACUACUUUGCUCAUCCAGAACAAUACUUUGCUUAUAUUGCAAGUUCUCUAUUACCAUUCUCUUACAAGUUCAUUAAAGGAUUGGAUGAAAGUGAGGCGACGCCAAUUUUAUUUCACUGUUCAAUUAAUUAA